CAUUUUUUUAUUUUUAUUUUUUAAAUCUAGGAGAAAAAAAACUCUUACUUUUCUUUCUCGUUCUUUUAUUCUUCUCUUACCUGACUAUCUCUCACUGCUCUUUGUUCAAAAACUCCUUUUGGCUUAAGGUCUGAUCUUCUCGCUCGAUUCUCGAUUCAGAUUAACUUUCACCGAGGCAGGGCAGGUCAUUUGGAGAUGAUACCUACUGGUUUUAGGGUAGAAUGUGAAGGAUAGUACCUGCAAAAGAGAUUAUUGGAAAAAUUCGUAACUUGAUCAGAUUGGCAUCUUUCGUUCCUGAAUAUGGAGGAUGAGAAUGGGCUUGAGCUUAGUUUGGGUCUAGGUUGUGGUGGAUCAUCUGCCAAAUCCAAAGGUAAAAGUGGCAGCUCUUCAGAUACUAGGACAGAAGAAGGUGAUAGAGGCAACAAAUUGGUAGAUGAUUUUAAAAAUUUUCUUCAUGGUAAUACCCAGAAGCAGGAUUCAAGUACUGGGUCUCAAAGAAGUGAUUCAGUGAAACCUCAAGAGAAGUUCUUUAAUGACCUUUCCAAGAACAAUGCAGACGCAGAUGCGCCUAUUAAUAUGAACAAUAGGGGGCUGUGGGUUUCAAGCUCUAAUAGAUCAGCUGAAACUGAUGAAGAAAAAAGAUCAGACCUGGGUAACAAGCGUAAACUGUUAUUUGAUGAUUUAAAUAAUCAGAAGAAGCAUGAGAGAGAUGCUCAUCAUUCUGAUUUACAUGACAAGAAAUCACAUAUCUCCAUAACUACAGAAGAUGGCUCAACUGCUGAAAACGAAGAUGUGGCAGAGUCUGAAGUUGAGGGUUCCACCUCAAGGUUGGCUUCUCACCAUGAUGAUGGCUCCAAACAGUAUGUUGGAGUUGGUGGUCCUCCUGAGGCUACAAAUGAAAUUCGUGGAUUUUCUGAUUCAAGUGUUGUGGAGUUACAAGGACAAAGGAGGCUCAGUAGUUCUUCAGAAAAUGAAUUUAAGCAGGGAAACUUGAAUUAUGGAGUUCCAUUCUCAGUCCAACCAGUAAGCAUCAUGAAUGUUCACUCAUUUCCUAUAAAGGAGUCUAACUCUGUUGGUGCACCCAGCACUUCAGGACAUCCAAUAACAGGCAUGGUUCAGGUGCUGCCUACUUCAAAUGUCGAGCAGCGACCUGGGAACCAAUCUGUGAAUCCUGGAAAUUUGCCAGUAAUGUUCGGCUAUUCCCCGGUCCAGCUUCCGACAUUGGACAAGGAUAAUUCCUGGGGCUUGGUCUCUCAUCUUCAACAGUUCCACUCUUCCUAUCCUGGCAGAGCUCCAUCAAAUGCAGAGAAGCAGAAUGAUGGGCUGAAGAUUUCUCAAGCCAUGCAAGCUAUUGCACGAAAUUCUACUGAGGUUGCACAAUUUGAUGGGAGGACAUUGGGACGGGCCAAAGGUGAUCGCAAACAACUAAUCACAGAGGAAGGCUCCUCUUCUCAUACUGAAGAUGAUGCGAAAGGAAGCACCAUGAACUUUAGGCCAAAGGAUGCACCACCUGAGCGCUCGACAGCUGAAACCAUCUGUUUUGAUUUUUCAGCCAUAAAGCCAGGUAUUGGUCCAGCUGUAAAAUUUGGGGGAUGUGGUUCCUAUCCAAAUUUGCCAUGGGUUUCUACCACGGCGCCUGGUCCGAAUGGCAGAACAAUUUCUGGUGUUACUUACAAAUACAGUGCAAACCAAAUCAGGAUUGUUUGUGCUUGCCAUGGUUCCCACAUGUCCCCUGAGGAGUUUGUUCGACAUGCAAGUGAAGAAAAUGCUAAUCCAGAUGCUAGCAAUGGGUUAGCUACAUUCCCAAAUGCCAAUCCUGCCGCCUCUACUCAGAGCUGAAGUGUAUCAUCUUUUGCUCAACACGACCAGUGACACUUGUGACGCAUAAUCUGGUGAUGGCCUGUAUACCUCUUGUGAAAUCCCUCCAUACUUUCAGUAUGCUUCCUCGCUGAUUUAUUGUCAGCUGCAUUGGUUACUGCAAUCAGACAUUGCAGGGGUGUAUGAUAAUCAGUGUUCUUGCUUCAUUUCUUCGUCUAAUAGUAAUGUUAAAACUAUUUCAAUUUAAAUUUCCUUCUUUUUGUCAAGGAAAAUGUGACACCCGAAUCUCUCGGCAAAAACCUGGUGUAGUCCUGGCUGUCGAAAGUUACAUUUUUCUUAGUGAAACAACAGGAUUUGAACAUGGGAUCCUCAUUAAAUGAUUGUGAAAGGAACUCUUGAUAUUUCAUAAACAUGUUUGCUUGCCUAUUAAGAA